UUGCCAUUGGUUACGUGAGUGUCGUCUGCGCGUGUUUUUCUUCGGAGCAGAGGAGGCGCCUUGUCGCGAUCUUUUUCUCGCAUUUCGUAUGUUUUGCUCGUUCAAGAAAUGUUGCCUUCCAGCAGCACUUCCUUGUUUGCCACGCAUCAGGCACUGGGGUACCAUUUUAUUGUGUUAGAUAUGAGUAAUCCGCGUUGAGACGAUCUGAAAACUGGUGUGUCAAGCUCGCGGUGAUCCGAACGGUGAUAAGCGGCAGGCUGGAUCAUCUACCAAACCUGGAAACCACAGCAUGUCCACGAGCGAGGCCCAGAAGGAGUAUACGCCGAAGUUUCUGACCCCGCCCGUGACACCCAAAAAGGGCAUCGCGUACCAGGAGAACAGACUCAGGCAGGGCUUCAGCCCCAGUCUGUUCCUCCAGAAUUUCAACUUCCCUCUCCCAUUCCGCAAGAAGAAGCCCAAGCAAAACUCAAACACCAGCGGCUUUCCAACACCAUAUCGGACACUGUAUCACCCAAGGAUUGCACGGCCAAAAACAUUCCGACGGUCGGAGUUCAUUGAGCUUGCCAAUUUCGGAGUGGUGGAAAUCGAGCCGACGGAGAGUGGAAUCGGCCAUAACUUUGAGCCAGUGCAGUUCAAGAAUCCAACCUGGUGUGACCGGUGCGGAGACUUUGUCUGGGGGGCCUGCUCAUCCCAACAGUGCCUCCAAUGCCUGAACUGCAGUUUCACGUGCCACCUCAGGUGUCAAGACCUUGUCACACUAGACUGCAAAGGUCGGGGUGAGAUGGAGACAAAAGACUUGAACACUCCAUCCUCAGGAUCAUCUGAUGAGCAAAAAAAUGGGCAAAAUGGGCGUUUAUCUCCUCUGUUUCCUGAGGAUCUGCCAAAGGAUGAGCUGUUGUCUAGAAUCACCAGCUACAAUCAUCAGGAUCCAGGGCUUGAGAUGAUUCUGCAAGAAGAUGGGUCCGUACGUGGUUUUGUGCGGGUGCGCAUGAAUCUAAUGCGCCCGAUCAACGUUCUGGCUGGGACCAGGCCGCCGUCCAUUUACAACAUCCUUAAAGAAGAGGAGGAUAGCGGCAGGAAGACGCUGACAUCUUUUUACCUGCCCAAGGACACCAUCAAAGCCCUGCACAUUACAAGCGAAUACACUGCCCGAGAGUUGAUAGUUGCCUUGCUGAAGAAGUUCAAGGUGGCAGACAAUCCUCACAAGUUUGCACUUUACGAAAGCUGCCUUGACGAGGAGUCAAAAGAAGUGAAACUGCGGAAACUGCAAGAUACUGAAAAGCCACUCUGGCUUGCACUGGACUGGAGCAGUCGUGCCAAGCAGUUUGUUCUUCAGGAAAAUGACAACAGUGACAUUGAGUGGGAGGACUUUGCACUACCAGAGCUACAAAACUUUUUGAAGAUUCUGGACUUGGAAGAGGAGGAAUACCUAAGCCAGUUAAGACUUAAAUAUCAGAUAAUGCGGGAGAAGAUUCAAGAAGCCAUGGAUGCUUUUCAAAGCCAAGACGCGCAACAGUCUGACGAGUCUGCUCAGUCAACUUCUUGAUGAUUGUGGCACAGUUGCAAUAUAGAAGAACUUUUUGUGUGCGUGUGUAGCGGGGUUAGAGGUAUCACUCUGUGUUCCGUGGAGGACUUUUCACACUGAUCACUUGUUUAGGAAGAUUUUCACGCAGACAUGUUUAUGAGAAGAAUUACCCCUGUUUACAGGGCAGUGUAGGAAACUACUGGAUUCAAGAGUUAUUUUUGGAGGUGUAAAGAAAACCGUGCCUGCUUGUUGUUUUAGGGGCAUUGCCUGAAGGCUUUCUCGGUGAUUAAGAUCCUCCCACUCAAAAUUUUGCCCCUACAAAACUUUUAUUUUUUUUUAUUUUACCAUUACAGCUGCUAUGCUAGCAGCAAACUUGUUUCUUACUCUUCCUUUGACUUGAAUAUGUCUUUUAUGGCCAAACAAUUGCCCUUGUCCAAUAAUUUGUAUGGUGCAUGAUGUGCAAUAUCCAUAAAUGGGCCCUUAUCACAUGAAAAUCUAGAUUGUCCAGCGAGACUGUGUUGUUUCCUCUAUAAAAAAACGCAUACUGCAGAUGCAACUGAUGCAGUUCUGGUAGUAAAUAGUAAAUGUGCCUUUACAUGCCUAAAAUACCACCAGCCCCACCCCCACCACUCCAAGAAGGGGUGGGGGCUUGAGUAGUUUUUUUAUAUAACUUUUGGUGUUUAUCAUGGCAGCUCUAACAAUUUUCGCAGAGUUGAUUUCAGCUGGGGAUGAGUACAAACCUCGCAAUUUGUGUUCAGUCUAGUCACUUGGUUUCUAUUCUCUCGUAGGCUUGGCUUCUCAAGUGAUAAUGGCAUUUCAUGAGUAUUAUUUUGUGAUAGUUGUAGUUUAAAAAGUUUGUUAUGCACUUCCAUAAACAAAUCAUUAAUAUAUAUAUAGUUUUCUUUUCUUAACAACUUGUACUUUGCAGGCAAUAGCAAACUAUAGGUAAAACACUAAACGUGUUCAACUCUAAUGCUUUUUCUUUUGGGGGUUGGGAGUUGGUGCACUAUAGGAAAGCAUGCAAUAUCUCUGUGUGGGCUUGUUGGUUUCUAGAGUUAAUAUUGACACAUUUUUGGUUGGAUAUUGCUUUUUACUUUAUUUUAUUUGUUGAUUUAUGUAUACACUUGUUCUUGUCAUGUGGGACUUGUGGUUGGAAAAAGAAACUUCUCAAACAGUUGGUUCAAGCAUUGAACUAGCUUUUUGAUUCUCAUUUUUUAUGUUGUGUAAGUUAUCAUCACCACCAGCAAGCGCCUACACACAUGUUGACUAGGGGUGACAGAUUUGAGUGGUGGAAUCACUGUACCCUUGUCAUGUUCUUUUAAAAUAAAUGUUUUUGGUUGUAUGCAUUA